AUGGGAUGCGCCGGCUGGGGCACCCCUGGACGUGGCCAGAGCCCCAAGGCCGGUGGCUGGCACGCCGGCUGGCCGCUGCACCCGCGCUGGCUGCACCCCACAGCACCGGCCGGCAGCGCCGCUUCCCCGGAGCAAAGCGUAACGGCAGCAGCCCUCGAAGCCGUUAGCGAGCGGGGUCAAAGUCGCCCAGAACCUGUCUUCAGCACCUGGGGAAGCAGGCUGCAGCCAUGUGGGAAGGUGGAGGAGCACCUAAUGAAGAACCAGCUGCAAUACUAUUCCAACGACAGGUGGCACAGGGACAAGAAGGUUCCUUCCCCCGGGCCAGGAGAAGUCACCAGGAUCAUUGAGCCGGGCCAAAGGCUGCCCUCAGCCCUGGAAAACCCCAGGAAAAACGAGGCUCGCAAGCUGAACCACCAAGAAGUGGUGGAAGAAGAUAAAAGACUGAAAUUGCCAGCCAACUGGGAAGCCAAAAAAGCUCGGCUGGAGUGGGAGCUGAAGGUGGAGGAAAAAAAGAAGGAAUGUGCGGCGAGAGGAGAAGACUACGAGCGAGUUAAACUGCUAGAGAUCAGUGCCGAGGACGCCGAGAGAUGGGAAAGGAAAAAGAAGAGGAAAAAUCCAGAUCUGGGAUUUUCAGAUUACGCGGCUGCUCAGCUGCGCCAGUACCAGAGGCUGACCCGGCAGAUCAAACCUGACCUGGAGCAGUACGAGAAGCUGAAAGAGCAGUACGGUGAAGCGCUUUAUCCCACAUCUGACAGUCUCCUCCAUGGAACUCACGUGCCGUCUAAGGAAGGGGUUGAUAGGAUGGUCGCGGAUCUUGAAAAACAAAUUGAAAAGCGUGAAAAAUACAGUCGAAGACGGCCUUACAACGACGACGCCGACAUCGACUACAUCAACGAGAGAAACGCCAAGUUCAAUAAGAAGGCGGAGAGGUUCUACGGGAAGUACACAGCUGAGAUCAAACAGAACUUGGAGAGAGGAACAGCCGUCUGAACCCUCCUCUCGGGCAAAGCCCUGCUAUGCGUCUGUUCGAGUUUGGUAUAGGGAUUUUGCAGGCAAUUUUAAGUUGUAUCAAAAAAAUACUUUGUAGACCUCUAGAAUCAAUAGUGUCUUUAAUGUAAUGGAAGUAAUUUGCGUAACUUCAGCUGUAUAUAGUGCUUACUUGCAUAAUUAACCAGCUUGUACAAUUUCAUGUUCUAAAUAAACACAAAAUUUACCGCUCA